AUGCUGAUAACACUUAGCUUCACGCUCUCUGCGCUCCUUCUCCAUGGAGUGAACGCUCGUUGUCGAUCGCAACCUGGCCAGCCCGGAUUCCCUGCGGCGCAAGACUGGGCGACGUUGAACGAGACUGUGGAAGGCCGGCUGUUGGCCGUUGUACCUUCAGCGAAGGCUUGCGUUGACGUAGGAUGUACGCCGGAACAGUGGUCAAGCGCCUUCUACCGGGAUGCUCUGCCAGGACAGAUGACCAAUUACCAAUGGGAACAGAACUAUACUUCGAGUCCCCCCGAGCUCUGUCUUUACAACGAGACUAGCUCAUGCUCGCAAGGCAAUGUCCCGGUAUAUGCGAUCAACGCUACGAGUCCGCAACACCUCCAGGCUGGCGUCUUAUUUGCAUCUCAACACGACAUACGUGUGGCCGUCAAAUCCUCGGGUCAUGAUUACCUCGGUCGGUCGACGGCUCGCGAUUCUCUUCUCCUGUGGACGCAGUACUUCCGCGACAUCGAGUUCGCCAAUUCUUUCACCGUUGGUGACGAGGAUAAAGGCAGCGUGGUGACGGUUGGAAGCGGUGUCAACCUGCAGGCUCUAUAUCAGGCUGGGAAAGCCGUCGACAAGAUGAUCGUGGCCGGUUCGGCCGCCACUGUGAGCGCUGGCGGCGGUUAUACGCAGGGUGCAGGGCACUCUGUGUUCAGUCCCGUGUAUGGUCUCGCGGCUGAUAAUACCUUGCAAUAUGAGAUCGUCCUUGCCAAUGGAUCGUUCGUCACUGCCAAUGAAGUGUCAAAUGCCAAUCUGUUCUGGGCUCUUCGCGGUGGCGGUGCUGGCAGCUGGGGUGUUAUCACCUCUAUCACUAUGCGGACGUACCCGGCGUUCCCAGCGACAUUGCACUCCGCCUAUAUCACCUUCAACAGCACGAAUCAGGCCGCUGAGGCAAUGACGAUCCACGCACAACAUAUCUUCGAUCUUGACGUCUACCGUGCUGGCCAGUAUUUCAACUUGUAUAACACGGGUGUUGCUGGACAGGAGAGCAUACUUUGGCUGCGCACCUACUUUGCCAACGUCUCCGGCGAUGAGGCACAAACCGCCGUCGCGCCUUUCAUCACAGAUGUCCAGGCAAUUGGUGCCACUCUCAUCAACCAGACGGUCGAGACUGUCGUAGCCAACGAUAUCGUCGCCAACUCCGACGACACAGGCGGAUAUAACAUCGUACUUGCUUCGCGGCUGAUCCCGGAGACCCAGUACCGGCAGAAUACCUCGGCAAUUGGCGCUGCGUACAAGACCCUGCUCGACCAAGGUAUCUUAGCUAUCCUUGGGAACCUCGUGGCCGGCGGUAAGGUUGCUGAGAACGCCAACAUCAGCUCUGCGAUCCUUCCCAAGUGGCGGACUGCAAAGACCCACAUUAUACUACCCGCGACCUGGAAUGAUACGGUGUCUCCGAGCGAUGCUGUCGCUCUCCAAGAGCGCUUCUUCUCACAGAAUGUGCCUGUCCUUGCCGCGGCCACUGGAGAGGACGACAGCGGUGCGUACUCGAACGAGGACAACGUCUUGGAACCGGACUUCAAGACUACCUUCUUUGGGCCUAACUACGACCGGUUGCUCUCUAUCAAGGCACGAUACGACCCCGAUGAUCUGUUCAUCGUGCGCGCCGGAGUCGGCAGUGAGCGCUGGGAUGUAGAGUCUGGCAUGUGUACGAUCUGA